CGUUUUUCAGGCUGAAUUCCGCUUCUGAAAUCAAAUCUGUAUUACGGAUAUGUAAACCCUGCCAAUUUCACUGAUUAUAAUAUAUUUUAUAUUCUCUGUGGUAUAAAUUACAAAUGGCUUCCGUUUUCAACUCUCGGCUAUCGUAAUUCAUUUACUGUUGGCAUGGUUUAUUAGAAAAGACAAUUGGAGGUGACCACAAUUUUCACAUUGCAAACAGUAACUACAAAAAUCAUGGGUAUACAGGAUUUACAAACAUACUUAGAAAAUGAAGGAGUGGCAGCCGACUUGUUUAGGAUUGCUAGAAAUCAUGCUGGUGGUUUCCGUUUAGUUUUAGAUGCUGAAGGUUGCUUGGAUCGUUUGUAUGGAGGAUAUUUUUCAGACUGGGCGUGUGGUGGUCAGUGGGCUCGCUGUGUUCAAUUCUUAACAACAUUGGCCCAAGCUUUGGCAGAACAUCAAGUGGCUCUCUGUGUUUGCUUUAAUGGUGCCCACCCAACUCCACCAGCUUUGCCUCAACAUUGGAUUCAAACACAAGCUACGAAUAGGCAAAGAGUUAACUCUGUACUGCGUCACAUUGUCACAAAAGGCACCCCACCUCCUAAAGUGUGGUGGGUACCACCAACAGGAUUGCAUUCCUGCCUCAGGACUGCUCUCAGAUACCUCAAUAUCCCUAUCAUGGUGUCAUCAGACGAUCAUUGUCAAGAAGUAGUUGGAUUGUGUCGUGAAAAGAACUAUGCUGGACUUGUGGGUUGUUCUGGUGAAUACUUGGUAUUCCAGCCACCAAGAUAUUUUAGUUCAUCUCAGUUAAAACUGACUUAUAGAUCAUCUUUAGAAACAAAAGAAUAUAUGGUGCAUGAACUGCCUCGAGUGCUAGAUGUACCUCAAGAUCGACUUUGCCUCAUGGCAGCAUUGCUUGGUGGAACAAUUAUAUCGGAACAAAGUCUAACAGACUUUUACAAACGUUUAGGCAUCUCACAAAAGAAGCAACAAGUAUCACCUGAAACUUUAGUGAAGAGUGUGUGUCAAUAUGUACGUGAUUUGCAAUCAUCUGACGUGGAAGCAGCUUGUAUUGAUAUAUUUGGAGAUCUAAAUGAUCUCCGUGCAGCUAAACUUAAACAAGCGGUACAAUAUUAUUUAAAUGGAACUAAAGAUGGAUUCCUUAAAUAUAGAACAGCAUCAGGACGACGUCCGAAAAAUAAUAAGAAGAAUCAGAAAGCCGAUGUUGUCCCACCACCAUCUACAACAGACUUAGACACGUCAAAAUUAGCAACAGAAACAUCAGAGCAUGAGCAAAAAGGCUUGGAAGAUUACAAAUUGGCAACAGCAAAUGCAUCAAUGAAUGCGGACUUUAGUAUAGAAGAUACGAGUCAGGAUGUUCACCACGCUAUGGCCGCGAUGUCGCUUGAGGCAGGCGAACCGGGCGUUCCGCAACCACAGCCUACAGCCAAAGAGGGACGCCAACCGCAGUCUGGUAAAUCUAUCCAGAGCGAAGACAAUUGUCCACCAGCACCAGCCGAGGUGUUGCGCACAUGCGCGGAGCGCCACGCCCGCGGCCUCAUGCAUCCCCAGAUGCUGUCAGUCCUGACUCACCGACAAAUCACCUUACCGGUGCUGAUGGAGGACGACAACCACCGUGAAAUACCUUCUAUACAUCACUUCUACAGACCCAUCAGACAAAAUGUCUAUGCCAUACUCUAUAAUAUGCAUCAUCAUCGGUUCAUGGCACAAAAGGCUAAAGGUGAUGAGGAUGGUUCAGCUAGCACAUCAAAUAAUAUUGAUCGUCCAUGCACUGUACAAGUAGCAGAAUGGAUUUAUUCGCGUGUCAAUCCUGGAAAGAGUGCUGAAAUGGUGCCUGGUGUUGUGCUUGACUGGCCAGUGCCAACAGUGCAGAGAUUGUGGUUUGGAACCGCACAAGAUGACAAAUGCCGUCGUAUGAGAGCUUUCCUGUCUUGUAUGCGAUCCGACACCCCAUUAAUGCUGAACACGUCAUAUGUGCCCCAGCACUUGCUGAUCCUAGCUACUGUUCUGAGAUUCAUCAUGACAUCGCAAAUUCAAAUUUUAAGACGCCAGGAACUUGACGCAUUUUUAGCUACAGCCUUCUCUACUGAUCUUAUGAAUGCGCUUCAUUUGCAAGAAAUGAAUGUGAACGGAGUAAAUUCACGCGGCGUGCAAUUAGCAGCACUGGUGAUGGCAGGCGCCGAGGCCGCUCUGCUCGCCAACGACGCGUGCGGCGCGCCCGUGCCCUGGCUCGUUGCCGCUCCCUGGCUCUACUUUGACGGCAAGCUUCUGCAGCGCAAUCUGCAUCGCGCCAAUCACUGCAAGCACUUGGCGCAACUCUGCGACAAUCACCUUGACACUGUUGUCAAAGUGGAGCGCAUGCGCAAGGCAAUCCUGGAAGGCCUCGAAGUAGAAUUCGCGAUGCCGCCACUGCCGCUCGUCGCGGGUGUCGUGGGCGGUUCGCUGGGAGGAUGGACUCGCGGACGCGGCCGUGGCGCUCGUCUCGAGAUCGCCGGAGUGGUCGUGGGACAGUGGGGCGGCGGUAGCUACCCCACGCGCCCGGCGCGUUAUCCACAGGUGGGCUACGUGGGCUACACGCCGCCGCCACGCAACGCGUACGGCGGGCGCGGCUGGCGCGGCGGGCGGGGCGCGCGCGGGGGCCGCGGGGGGCGCGCGCGGCGGCUCGGUGCGGGGCGCGCGCCGCUCGCGCCGGGACGCCGACGAGCCCGCCAAGCCUGCCACUCUCGCUGUCAACGGCAAAACUAUAAGGUCCGACGAAAUGGGGUCUCAGCCAGAAGAAAUGAGUCCACAUGAGGACAACACCGCUCCAGAUGUUGAUGUGGAAGGAAUGCAACAGCAGAAAUCAAAGACUGUUAAGAAUGUUAAGAAGAACAUUGGAAAAGGCAAAAAGAAGGGAACAACUCAGAAGUCGGAUGCUGGGCAAUCACUGGAGUCUAAUGGCCCCCUUGACAAAAACAAGAUUACUGAGCCAUGCCAAAAUUCAGAUAAAGAACACAUUGGUCAAGGUGACGCACCAGUUACUAACUAAAUUAUUUUUGCCCAAAGGUAACAUCUCAUUUUGUUUUUCUUUUUUUGUGUAUUAAUUCCAUAAUAUUUGAGUUAGUUUUUCUUGGUGUAUUUCUAUCCUUUUUGAUAAUUUAAUUAGUUUUCUUAAAAGUAUUGAAGAAAGCUUGCCAUUACUGUUUUUAUUUGACAUUUUAAGUUUCCAAAUACUUUCCAGUCUAAUAGUGGGCAUUUAAGUUCACGAUUCCUUAAGUAUUUGUGUAAUUGUGACUUUUAUAUUUAAAAGUAACCCAAAUGUUGCAUAGAGGACAUGCACAUUUAACCACCUUGACAACAAACAAUAAUAACUAAAUACGAGAAUAUAGCACGUAUCUAAAUACACAUUACAUAAUUUAUUAGCAGCAUAACAACUAAAUAAAGUUAAUUGAACGGAAGGUGAAUCCAUCCACCUGUCGUAAUGUAUACGUGCCUGAAGAUCUAAAAGACUUCCCUAUUUUGAGACUGAUUUUGUAUUACUUUAAUUGACACACUAAGUGUUCGAUUAAUAAUAAUAUUAAAGAAAGACGACUAUGUAUUGAGACACAUUUGAUGUUUCGAUAACCCUAAUAAGACAACUACAACGCCUCUCUGGUUAUUUUAUACCAUGCUACCCGAGACAAACUAUGCCCGUGUCGAACAUGUAACUCAUAAGAGAUUUAAAAACCAAAGGUAGCACAUUUGAUCUCUAGAUGAGUCUUAAGCAAAUAUUUGAAAUUACUUAAUUGAUUGAUUGAUUAGCUACUAUGUAUUUUAAAGAGGAAAUCAAAAUAUAUUAGUGUGAAAACUUAUACAACCUUAAUACUAUCAAUUUAGUAGUUUCAAUCACCCAAGAGCACACUGGGAUAAAACCUGAUAAACAUUAUUUGACAAGUGAUAUUUAAAGAUUAUAUUAUAUAACUAAAUUGACCUGUUAUUUGUUAAGUCUCAUUUUGGAUUGAAAAGUGAGAUGACUUAGUAAAUAUGUUCUGUUCUAAGCAUAUAAAAUACUGAGUCAGCAUUAUUUAUUUACACAUAGUAUAUUUACAAUUUACCAAAACAUUAUUUUUAUUUAUAAGAAAGUUUGAUCUAUGCAAUCUGAUUCAAAAGAUAUACAGAAUCACUAAAUGAACUUGCCAUUUAAUCGGAAUAUCCUUUAAUGUAUAAAAAUAAUGGCAUUGUGUUUUAAAAUUGUCUUAUAAAAAUAUUCAAGCAAAGAGAAUAUAAUGAAGUAUAACUAUCAUUCAAAGAUAUAUAAGUAAACACAAAAUGUACAUCUUUCCUCAAUCUGAUAUUCUUUUCUGGAUUCCAUAGAUCAAACUAGAACAUUUUCAGACUUGUUUUUGGGAAUUCUUGAUACAUAACAUAGGCAUUUUAAUAAGUGUGUGGAAAUGUUAAGUACAUACUAAUAUAAGUAAUGAGAAGCACUGGCGACGGAGGCAAGGCUUGUUUUCAGAUAGAAAUGUGUCUUAAUUAACAGGUUUUUUAAAGUCUGUUGAUAAUGUGCUGUGAUCAUCAAAGUAAAUUGUUGGAAAUAUUCUUAUAACUUAAGGAACAUGGUACCAUGUUUAUAGGAGGUAUGAUAUAUUAGUAUAGAAAUUGCAUUUAUUGAAUGAUUGUUGGUGCUUAGAAAUCUGUAGGGCUGCCUGAAACGAGUCUGAAACUCAUAGAUUUAAGUCUAACAACACAUGUUUAAUGAAACUGAAUGAAUAUUCGCAUUGUGGCUUUUCCACAUCCUAUAGGGUAUUAUUUCGAUAGGAAAUCGUUAGAUUUGUUAGUGAUAUAUUUAUAUGCAUUUUCGGAAAUUUCAAUAAUGCGAAUAUUUAUUGAUUUAUAUGUAUUUUUGUAAAUUUGUUAUAUUGUUAUACUUAAAUUUAGCUGGAAUGACUAACAAGGAUAUUGGAGACAGUCUUACAAUGAAACUCUUUUGGCGCGACAACUGUGACAAUAAAUUAUCAACGUACACGAACAUUCCAUUACGAUAAAUAAAACCUUCUAUGAUAAUUGUACAGUUCACGUCAAUCGAGAAUGGAACUAAAUGAAGACUUUACAAUUUUGAAAGCUUGUAACCAGGCCGGAACGUACUCAAAAUAUGUUGCUACAAUAACAUAUACUUACUUAAUUGAUUUUUGAAAUCAAAACAUGAACAUAAGUGCAAAUGCAAUGCACACACAGCAGCCACUACGCUGUUCCCAAUGACUAAUAUUGCAAAAUAAAGUAAAUAUGCAUCUGACUUUGUAACGUGGCCACCGCGGACCACGCGUGGCGAAAGGCGUCGGGGGCGUUCUGCGUCGCCGCGUCGCAUUCCUCUACUACAAGCGUUCGGACGCACGCGAACGCUUUCAUUGCUAAGUAUUCGCAAGCUGUCGCUCUGGCGAUACGCACUUUAAUAUUAUACAUUUAAACAUUUAUAUAUUAUUGCUUGCUUAUUAAAUAAACACAAUAUUAGCGUUUAGAAUUUUAACUUCGAUGUAUUUUGGUUUGUUUAUUAAUUAUGUGUAAAGAAUAGAAAAGCGUGUAUCAAAGUGAUAAUCUUUCUAGGCGUUUGACACUGAGUAUCGCCGUUGAUCCAGUAACAUAAACAUUGAAAUAUCAUACAAUAACGUAUGAAAAUUUAAGCGCCUUUUUCUAUUUCACUAUAUUGCAUGCUAUACACAUCAUUGUCACAUAUUUUAAACUAGAAAUGAUUCGAGGAAGUAGUUUAUUUUUUUUCUCUUUUAAAUCCAUUAUUCGCUAUAGUUUUAGAUUAUUGAACGAUAUAAUACCUUUACUACAUUAAUAAACUUGGUUUGCUGACAAUGGUCAUUUAAUAUUAUCAACAUAUUUGUAAUCAAAUUAUAUUAGAAUACGUCAUAUGUACUACUACUACACAUACAAUUUUCGUAACUGAAGUAGCAAACGUGGAACUGUGGCUUUUUGAAAACACUUAUAACUUAAAUAUUUACCUCAACCCUGCUAUGUUAAAUUUGAAAAUUGUUCAUUACUACUCAAGUUUAUGAACACAAAAAAAUAUUGGAUGACUUAAAUUGUAAAGAGUUGUAUUUGUCUUCAAAUAAAACGUUCCAUUAUUGAA